UUUUCAACAUUGUAAAAUAAAAUCACCUCUCCAUCUACUUCAUCACUUCUUCUCCCUCUCUUUCUCUCUCUCUCUCUCAUUGAAAACAGUUUCAGUCUUCUUGUCUGAUAACAUUCUGCUUCGAUAAUCCUCAAUAUCUCUCUGUAUAUUGAAGCCAUUUAGCUUCAUCUUUUGAUAUCUUACCAUACUCCAUCUGUGUCUUUGUACAUAGCAAGAACCAUGGUUGGUAACAAGUUUGCAACCAUGCUUCAAAGAAACACCAAUAAGAUCACUCUUAUUCUAGUCUAUGCAAUCCUUGAAUGGAUUCUGAUCAUUCUCCUCCUCCUAAACUCUCUUUUUUCUUAUUUAAUUAUCAAAUUUGCUGAUUACUUUGGCCUUAAAAGACCCUGUCUCUGGUGUUCUAGGCUUGAUCACUUCUUUGAGCCUGCAAAUUUCCAGAAUUCUUAUAGAUCUCUUGUGUGUGAUGAUCAUGCUAAAGAGAUUUCCAAACUGGGCUAUUGUUCAAGUCAUAGAAAACUUGCUGAAUCGCAAGAUAUGUGUGAGGGUUGCUCAUCAUCAUCAUCGCAUGGUGAAUCGUUGAGCAAGUUUGCCUUCUUUCCUUGGAUGACUCAACUUGGUGUCCUUCAAGAUUUAGGGGGUGAUAAGGUAAGUGAAAAUGGUGAGGAGGAUUUGAAGUGUUCUUGCUGUGGUGUUUGCUUGGACACAAAACUAUAUUGUGAUGAUUACUAUCUAAUUAAGCCUUCUUAUUGGGGUGAUUCGGAUUUUACCCAGAAAGGAAAUUUGGUUUUGGAACAUCAGGUUGAUAACACAGUUGAUGUAGAUGAUCAUUCUGAUAGAGAACGAUCGGAUUUUGUGAGUGAUUUUUGUGAAGGAGAACAGGGGAUUGGUGAGAACCGGGGAAUUGAGAUUGGAAACGGGGAAGAGGAAGUGAAGCAGAAUUUUUCAUGCUCUGUUUCCAAUUUUUAUUGCAAGGAAGUGGUUGCUGAUGACGGUGAAAAAGAAGAAAUGGUUAUGAAAAAAGAAGAAGAACCGGUCAAGAAGGAUGAUUUGAAUGUGCAAAUGGAUAACCCACCUGGUGACCAGCCUGCGAUGGUUCAAGCUGGUAGCAGUAAAGACACGGCUACCGAGAUUCAACCUCAGCAUCUAGAGUUUUACAUUGAUCAAGAUGAUUGUCACUUGAUUCCAGUUGAACUGAUCGGUUUCAAUUCCACAGAGAAACAAAUUCCAAAGAGACACGAGAAGGGAGUGGAGGAAAACAGUGGCAAUGAAGAUUUCGUUUUGGAGUUUGAUAAGCAAGUUGGAACACAAUAUGAAUUGGUUGUGGAGGACAGGAGCAAUUUAGAAGAGGAAGUGCCAUUGCUCUCGGUCGAUGAUAAUGAGGAGGAACCUUCGGUUGCAGUGGUUGAGUCGAGGGAAAUACUCGAGAAAGAGAGCUCCUCAAGUAGGCAUUCAGAUUUGGAUUUGGUGGAGGAGGAAUGUGAGCACGUUGCCACUGCUCAACCAACUCAUACCCCUUCUAAUGAUGGCAAUCAUGCUCAAGAAAGCGCACUGAUAGCGGGAGAGGACGUGGAUUCAGAUUACAACCAAGUAUGUGCAGUGUCUGAAGAAGUACUUCAAAUGCAAAGUGAUGAAAUAGAAGCAGAUGUCUCGAUAGGAACUGAAAUUCCUGAUCAGGAACAAAUUGAUGACGUUCAUUAUGUCGAAGAAGUUUCUCCUUCAUAUUCUUGCAUGCAGGAAGACCCUUCAACUAGUGAUGCCGAUUAUCAUGCAUAUGAAGAUCAUGAUGAAUUGUUCAUUGCAUUAGGCUCUAAGCAAGCUGAGGAAGAUGCAAUAGAAUUUAGGACCAUAACUGUGGAGACUGGCGAGCCAUCAUUGCAUACAGAGAGCAAUGAGCUUGAGGAAGAUAAAAUUCCCGAUACGCCAACUUCUAUGGAUAGUCUUCAUCACCUACAAAAGAAACUGCUACUGCUUGAAAGAAGAGAAUCUGGUACGGAGGAGUCUUUGGACGGGAGUAUCAUUAGUGACAUAGAAGCAGGUGAUGGAGUUUUGACUAUGGAGAAGUUGAAAUCAGCUCUGAGAGCUGAAAGGAAGACGUUAAGUGCUUUAUAUGCAGAACUAGAAGAAGAAAGAAGCGCCUCUGCAGUGGCAGCCAGCCAGACAAUGGCAAUGAUAAAUAGACUUCAAGAAGAGAAGGCUGCAAUGCAGAUGGAAGCAUUUCAGUAUCAGAGAAUGAUGGAAGAGCAAUCAGAGUAUGACCAGGAAGCUAUGCAGCUUCUGAGCGAACUUGUGGUAAAGAGAGAAAAAGAGAAAGCAGAGCUAGAAAAGGAGCUAGAAGUAUAUCGAAAGAAGGUACAGGAUAAUGAGAUGAAAGAUAAAUUGAUAAUGUUGAAAAGAAGGAAAGAUGGUAGCACAACAAGUGUAACCACUUCGCCUUCCUGUAGCAAUGCCGAGGAUACUGAUGGACUAUCUGUCGACUUGAAUCAUGAAGGGAAAGAAGUAAUUGAAAGCUUUGAUAACCAUCAAGAAAGUAGUCACCCGAAUACUCCAGUUGACGCAGUUCUAUAUCUGGAUGAAUCGUUGGCUAAUUUCGAGGAGGAGAGGGUAUCAAUUGUAGAACAACUUAAGGUUUUGGAGGAGAAGCUUUUUAUGCUGAGUGAUGAGGAGGAGCAACAUUUCGAGGACAUGAAACCAAUUGAGCAUCUAUAUCAAGAGAAUGGCAAUGGCUACAGCGAGAUUUGUGAUUAUAGCAGUGAAUCAAAUGGAGUUGCAAAUGGUCAACACAAGGAAAUGAAUGGAAAGCAUCAUCAAGAAAGAAGAAACAUCGGUGCAAAGGCAAAGAGACUUCUCCCACUUUUUGAUGCCAUUGACACAGAAAGUGAAGAUAUACUAAAUGGGCACUCGGAGGGGUUUGAUUCUGUUGCAUUGCAAAAGUCGGUUAACAAAUUUGACAUGAAUAGCAAGAAGCUCGCUGUUGAGGAGGAGGUGGAUCAUGUCUAUGAAAGGCUACAAGCACUUGAGGCAGAUAGAGAGUUUCUUAAGCAUUGCAUGACCUCCUUGAGGAAAGGAGAUAAGGGGAUAGAGCUGCUGCAAGAGAUUUUACAACAUCUUCGUGAUCUAAGAAAUGUGGAACAACGUGUGAGGAACUUAGAAGACGGUGCUCUGUAGUGCAACUGUUCUCAGCCUCAUCAAAGAAGAGAAUAGAUUGAAUUUUUGAGGUUGAUCAAUAGCUGCAAAUUCAAUAUGGAAGAGCCCUGACAUUCUUGUUCAAGGGAUACGACCAAGUGCAAUGCCACAUUUUCAGAAAAAUAUUUCAUGUGGGAAGCCCCUCGAUGGAGGGGGAGGCUCCUGCGAUGGUCUUUUUGGUGAUCUUGGUGGACUAUGAAAUUGAAAGUCUGCCCUCUUUUUUUUUUCUUUUUCUUUUUCCUUUUAACAGUUUUUGAUGUCCAAGUAAGCCCAAUUUUUUGGCGGGUUCAGCUUAUCAUCCCCUUUUGAGGGGAAGGAGGAUGGUGAGUGCAUGUGUGUGUAGGCUAGUGAAGUGAAGCCAAGCUGUCAUUUGUAUGUUUGAGAAAGGGCCUGGCUUGCAAAGCUGGAGUGAUCAACAGAGAUUCCAGUGCCAGGUGCAUAGGUAUUAGUUUAUUAGACAGUUAGGACUAGAACACUCUGUCAGUUUUUUUAAUAUCUUUGGGAAGGAAAGGAAAAGGGUAAGCAACGCCAGCCUCUCUUCUUUCUCAGCCUUGCAUCAUUUCAUCAUGUGGGUUUUGUUUAUUAUUUGUAAGGGCUAAGUUGAGUUACUUGUAUACUAAAUGUAUCCAUUUGUAAAGUACAUAAAGUGAGUGGGUGUUUCCUCU